AAAUUACCAACUUCCGCUAUAGCAUUUAACACUGAAGAACUCGAGUUUCAUAUCAAGCAAGGGACUUGGAGCAGGGCUUUCGUAGCUUGUGUAUCCUCAUCAACUUUUGUUUGACAUAAAGCCAUGGCAAGGCUUUUGCUAAGACUUUUAGCGUUGACCUUGGCGUGCCGGUCAAGUUCUCUUUCCACUGACCCAGACACUGCCGGCUCAUUUGAUCUGAUCUUGCAAGCGAAUCUGGAGUUAGAAACUAGAAAACAAUCAAGCCCUCCCCUUCCGGACAAUGUAUUCGAAGGAGACAUCGCGCUUACGGAGGAGCAGCGACGAAAUAUCGAUUUGUUUGGAAACGUGUAUCCCGGUCUUGCCUCCACAAAAGACAAUAAGAUCCGCUGGCCAAUGGGGGUGAUCCCCUACGAGAUAGACUGCAGUUUGCAAAACAUGCCUGACGCAAUGAAAGCAAUCCGCGGCGCCAUGGACGAGUGGCAAGCAUCCACGUGCCUAAGAUUCGUACCACGCACCAACCAAAAGGACUACCUGUGGUUUUUCCGGCAGAAAGGGUGUUGGUGUCACGUGGGUCGGAUCGGAGGCCAAACCAGUCUCUCGGUAGGGUACGGAUGCGAGUACCAGCCUGUCAUGACGCAUGAGAUCGGUCACGCAGUCGGAUUUUUCCACGAGCAGAGCAGACCCGACCGUGACAGCUAUGUCCAAGUCCUUAUGCAAAACAUUUUGCCAGGUUUCGAAAGUGCCUUUGCGAAGUACGGCCGAGGCAAGCUCGACGCACUGACUAUUCCUUACGACUACGAAUCGAUUAUGCAUUAUCCGUUCACGGCGUUCUCCAGGAACGGACAGCCUACCCUGGAGACCCUGAAACCGCUGAACGGAAAGAAGCCCUAUAGAAAGCUGAGCCUGCUCGACGCCCAGCAAGCCAAUAUCAUGUACAACAACUGCAAGAAAGGAUCUGAUGGAAGAAGACACAAGCGUUCAGCUGACGAUAAGACGGAUCAUCGCGCCAAAAGAGCCGUGUGUGCCGAUCGUAAUAUGUAUUGUCCGCAAUACAAGCAGUGGGGAAGGUGCAGUGAUUCGUGGACAAGGCAAAACUGUCAGAAGAGCUGUGAUCUUUGCCCACAACAGCAAGAUGCAUGCAGGGAUUAUUCCUCUAGAUGCGCUAUCUACAGAAGGUACUGCAAUUCCAAUAGAUGGGUCAUCGCCAACUGCAGAAAGACAUGUGGACAAUGUAGGGUGACAAGUUCCUGCAAGGAUAACAACUAUAACUGCCCCAGCUGGGCCCGGCGAGGCGAGUGCCGUCGUAACCCGCGCUACAUGCGCCCCAACUGUAGAAAGAGCUGCGGAUUAUGCACUACUAGCCCAAUACCUUCAACGCCUCGACCCAGGCCUCCAACGCCUCCCAGACCUCCCACCCCUAGACCCAGGCCUCCCACGCCUCGUCCCAGGCCACCGACACCAAGACCAUCAGGGGGCGUAUGCGGUGUGCGCCAAUAUGGGCGUUUCCCCGGGAGGGUGGUGGACGGACAAACUGCCGCAAAGAACAGCUGGCCCUGGCAAGCUCAGCUCCAUUCCCCUUAUGGCACGCACUUUUGCGGGGGAUCUCUGGUCGCGAGAGAGUGGGUGCUAACAGCCGCUCACUGCGUCCAGAGUAAAUCCGCCUCUUCAAUUCGCGUCAGGCUUGGAGAGCACAAUUUAAGGCGUGGCGACGGAACCGAGCAAGACUUCACCGUUCGUCAAGUGAUCGUGCAUCCGAAUUACAGACGACAGACAACCGACAGCGAUGUCGCACUUCUGAGAUUGAGUCACCCCGCCACGCUGAAUAAAGCUGUGAGCCUUAUCUGUCUUCCCAAGGAAGGGGAAAGUGAGGCUGUUGGUAAAAACUGCUACAUCACAGGCUGGGGAAGGACUGGGUACAACCGUCCUGGCGCAUCCGUGUUACAGGAAGCCAUGAUGCCAAUUGUGUCGCAACAGACAUGCGCAGCUGCAAUGAGGCGAUGGGGAGUUGUGACGUCACGGAUGAUAUGUGGAGGUUUUGGCGCCGGAAGUACAAUCAGCGGCUGCUUCGGUGAUUCCGGGGGGCCCUUUGUGUGCCAGGGGAGUAACAAGAGGUGGAACAUUCAGGGCGUGGUCAGCUGGGGUACGCGCACGUGCAGCUCCGGUCAGAACGAGUACACGGUUUACGCACGUGUCGCCCAGUUCGUCCCUUGGAUUCGCAAGUACAUUGGAAGUACCACACUACCUAUAACACCACCACCACCCACCCCUUCCCCACCUCAAACGCCACCCCCUGUGAAUACUCCACCGAGACCUGAGACCCCCGAACCGGUCAAUACGCCACCUCGGCCCCAGACUCCGGAACCAUUCACGCCGCCUAGGCCCCAGACUCCCGGACCACACUCCCCUCACCCUGUCACGAACAAGCCUCCGCCACUUCCUUGCGGGAGCCCUAAGGCUCUUGGGUUCGAAAACAAGGAAAUCCCGGAUGCUUCGCUGUCUGCAUCGUCAAGUAUAAACAGAUGGCACGGUCCCAAUGAAGCGAGACUCAACCUGAAAGCCGGCGUGACGGGUGUGGGGGCGUGGUGUGCACGUGACAUAACGAAGGACCAGCACUUGGAGGUAGACUUGGGGACAAGUCACGUGAUCACGCACGUGGCCACACAGGGUCGCGUGAGCAAGUAUCCAAAGUUCGUGAAAUCUUACAAACUCUACUACAGCCAGGACGGGAACUCUUGGAAAAAACACCCUGUGCAAUACCGCGGCAACAUCGACACGAGCACUGUCACCAAGAAUACUGUCUUCCCAUCAUUCAUCGCGAGAUACGUCCGAAUCAAUCCGACAAGCUGGGAAUCAUCUAUUUGUCUGCGCGCAGAGAUUUAUGGGUGCCCAGUGACCCCACCCACGACCGAUCCACCAAGACCCCCUGUCACGGUAACGCCUAAGCCCUCUACAGACGCACCCUUACCGGCGUCCACUUCCAGGCCGCAGCCACCGGUCCCGACCAAGCUACCAGUUGUGCUUACUAUUCCGCCGAGGCCUAUAGGUCUAAAAUGCACAGAUAAGCAUGCGUCGUGUCCAUCGUUCGCUAAGAGCCGUCGUUGUAACGAAAAUUGGGUCAAGAAAAAUUGCAAACUGAGCUGUCAAUCAAAGCACUGUGACCGCGAGCCUGUCCGACCAAACGCACCAUGUUCUAACGCCUUGGGCCUGGGAUGGGAUAACAGGCUUCCCGACAGUGCAUUCACGGCCUCGUCACAACUCAACAUUGGCUCAUGGGAUGCCGGGGCGCGCAAUGCACGACUGUACGCUGAGGAUGAUUACAACACCAAGCGCGUUGGGGCCUGGUGCGCCGCGGACAGUGAUGAACAGUGGCUUCAAAUAGACCUGGGAAUGAAGAAGUACAUUUCUGCAGUUGCUACUCAAGGACGUGACAAAUACUUCGAGCACGUGAAAACCUUUUCCCUGGCCUUCAGUCAAGACGGUUUCCGCUGGGAUGACAUUAUGGAACUAGGAGAGAAAAAGGUGUUUAAAGGCAACUGUGAUCACUUUACACCGGUCGUUAACCGUCUCCCGUACGGUGUAUCAGCGCGGUUCGUACGAUUCUAUCCGAUCACCUCCAUGUACCCCUGCAUGCGGGUGGAGGUCUAUGGUUGCUGACGUGUGACGCCAAGUGCUGAUGUGACGUGACGUGACACUGCGUGACACAAGGUGCUGAUGUGACGUGACAUGACGCCAGGUGCUGAUGUGAUAUGACGUGACACUGCGUGACACUAGGUGCUGAUGUGACGUGACAUGACGCCAGGUGCUGAUGUGACGGGACGCCAAGUACUGAUGUGACGUGACGCCAUGUGUUGAUGUGACGUGACGUGAUACUGCGUGACACCAGGUGCUGAUGUGAUGUGACGUUACACCAGGUACUGAUAUGGCGUGACGUGACACCGGGUGCUCAUGUGAUGUGACGUGACACCAGGUGCUGAUGUUGCGUGACGUGGCACCAAGUGCUGAUGUGACGUGACGUGACACCGAGUGCUGAUAUGGCGUGACGUGACGCCAGGUACUGAUAUGGCGUGACGUGACACCAGGUGCUGAUGUGACGUGACGCCAGCUGACAUGGGUCGCCAAUAAUCAGCUUUGCAUUCGAAUAUUGUAAACACGAUGAUUUUCUGACUUUUGUCCUUAGCUGAUUAACUUGCAAGUUUCCUUAAAAAAUUAACAAAAAUACUCAAAUAGUGUAGCGUAUAUAGCGUAAAUUUCAACCAGCGAAAAACGCUUUUCCUAGUCUCAGCAAUGUUGUGAUGGGUCUGCUGUUUUAUGACAUUCAGUGGCGGAUCUAGAAUUUUUUCAACUGUCCAAUUAUCUGCCAUUAGAACAAGCCAGGGCUGUAGCAAUGGUGGAGCACUGGGGGCACGUGCCCCCUCCCCUCCCCCAAAUAUACCAGCAGGGGCGUGGCUGUGCCCCUAAUAUUUUCUUAACGUUUCUGUAUCGUGACCCCAAUUUCGAGGCCUGUUACGGCUCUACAAGCACCUCUCCCCUCCCCUCCUGUCGUUGGUGGCCGUUAACCACGACACAUACAUUAUUCUUGUAUACAAAUGACCAUAUAAAGCAUUUUUAUCAAGUUUGUAAUUCAUCCUACAUUCUUAGUCAAUGCCUGAUUUUGAGGACCCGAGUGGGCUUUGAUUGGUUAUGGCGUUUCCAUAGUAACUUGUCAGAGUUGAGCUCCAGCCUGUCAAUCUUAUUAAAAGGGUUGAAAGGA